AUGCUCUCUCGUCUCUGCUCAAUCCUCCGCCACAACCGUCUCUGCUGCUCAGCAGAAGCGCGUGAAAUGCCACGCGCCGCUCUCUUCCACCAUGCCCGUCUCCUCCAGCCUCAUUUCUUACGGACUUCUCCGAGAACUGCUCUUGUGACCACAACGAAUCGUCUCAAUGUUUCUUCGAUGUUUUGCCGGGGAUUCCACGCACUGCGAAGCACCGGAGUAGGUGGAGAGUGGAAGCUUCCGAAGCCGGCGGGUCGUGUGUUUGCGGAGAGGAGAGAAUAUCGUAAGAUGAGGAAGAGAAUGCCGAAGAAGAAACAGGAAUUGGAGCUUAGCGUCAGUAUCUGUAUCGAGGAGCAGCUUCCUGAUGAUCUUGAGAUUCAGAAUAUUGCGGAAAUGCUUCGUCUCAAUGUACCUAUGGCGAUGAAGCUGGCAUUGGAUGGAUUGAAAGAUUCAAAGUGUAAAACAAGAGAAACUGAUAUAGAAGAUGUUGGUGGGUAUGAAACGGUCGAGUUAUCGGUGAUGCUAUGCAAUGAUGAGUUUAUAUGUAAACUCAACAAAGAGUGGAGAGGCGAAGAUCAUGCUACAGAUGUGCUUUCCAUGUCACAGCAUGUUCCUGAAUUGAAGCUUCCAGUACUUAUGAUGGGAGAUAUUGUCAUAUCUGUUGAGACAGCUGCGAGGCAGGCUGCAGAGAGGGGUCACACUCUUCUUGAUGAGAUACGCAUUCUUGUGAUUCAUGGGCUGUUACACCUACUGGGAUUUGAUCAUGAGAUCAGCGAUGAAGCUGAGAAAGAAAUGGAGGAGGAAGAGGAGUUGUUGCUAAAGAGCCUUGGGUGGAAAGGGAAAGGGCUUAUUCAAAGUGCGCAUGACAUUGAAACAAUAGCUAAACCUCAGCCGGAGAUACCAGAUGACAGGAAGAAAGGAGAUGGCCUAAGAUUCUACAGACCAAAGUUCUCCUACAUAUUCUGUGAUAUGGAUGGCACACUGCUUAACAGUAAAAGUCUGGUCUCGGAAGCUAAUGCGAAAGCUUUAAAAGAAGCUACGCUGAGGGGACUUAAAGUCGUGAUAGCUACUGGGAAGUCCCGUCCAGGUGCGAUUAGAAUCUUGAAAAUGGCUGAUCUAGCUGGACCCUAUGGCAUUGUUUCAGAGUCCUCUCCAGGCGUAUUCGUUCAGGGCUUACUUGUCUAUGGUAGACAAGGAAAAGAAGUGUAUAGAGGAAACUUAGACCGAGAUGUCUGCCGAGAGGUAAUCCUUUUAGACUAA